AUGGCGUCCACCACCAGCAAGCCGACACUGUUGACGCUGCCUCGGGAACUCCGUGACAUCAUCUACGAACACGUCUUGACGCCACGCGACAACACCGAUAUCAACCACCUCACAGGCACCUUUGGUCCUAAUCACACAGUCAUCAAAGCUAGAUCGAACAGCCCUGGAAUGCUUCUGGUAUGCAAACAGGUUCGCGCCGAGUGCAUCGUACCAUACCUCCGUUUCAGCUCUUUCAAAGCCCCGUGCUCCGAUCUGGCGCGAACAUGGCUUGUAUCUAUGCCGCCACACUACCACAAGCACAUUCAGGAGCUUUGUGUCGACUCGAUGUUCACGUUCUGGUACAGAGGUCGUCAGUUGAUCCUGAAUACCCUCACAGAAUGGCAACGCAGCUGGUUCCAUGAUGCGGGUGUACAGCUGGGCAACGGCGUACUGAAGGCUCGUUGCCGUGGUCCGAAUAACGAGAUGGUCGCUUUUGGGAGUAUGGAAGAACUCGAGAGAAAGAAGACGUGGUAG